AUGGCGACGAAGAACACCAUCAUCGUUGGUGCGGGCGUGUCUGGCAUUGCGAUGGCACAUACCUUGAAGUGUAAACUUGGAUACACAGACUUUGAGAUUUUUGAGAAGCACGACGCCAUUGGUGGCACAUGGCAUGCCAACACCUACCCAGGCUGUGGCUCUGAUGUGCCAAUUCAUCUAUACUCCUUUUCAUUCAACCUGAACCCUGACUGGACAGAGGAACUCUGCGAUCAAACAGAAAUAUUACAAUACAUCGAAAAUACAGUCGACAAGUUUGGCCUGCGACCCCAUUUUCGGCUCAACUGCUUUUGUGUUGGUGCGACAUGGCGUUCUGAAGCACAGGUAUGGGAAGUCCACUUCGUCAAUGUCAACACCAAGCAGCGUUUUACUAGAACUUGUGCCGUCCUCCUCACUGCUGUCGGAGGGUUCUCUACGCCGCGCGACAUUCGAUUCCCUGGAAUGGGAAAGUUCAAGGGACGAAUCUUCCAUACAGCGGAAUGGGAUCACUCUUGUGACUACCGAGACAAACGAGUCGCAGUCAUAGGCAAUGGAUGUAGCGCCGCUCAGGUGAUACCAAAUAUCGCAAAAGAUGUCUCAAAACUCACCCAGUUCGCCCGCGGGAGGCAAUGGUAUCACCCCCGUCCGAAUCAUCGCUUUAGCCCAUUGGAGCGGUUUUGUUUUCGUUAUAUCCCAUUCUGGCAACGCUACUAUCGCCUCAAGACUUUCCUCGAUACUGACAACCUGGCUUCAUCAUAUGGGUCUUCACUCCACGAAAUCAAACAACGCAAGGCCAUCGAGGAGAAUGCGAAGGACUACAUCUACCGAGAAGCGCCUGAGAAAUACCACAGCAUCUUGGUUCCCGACUUUCCGCUUGGCUGCAAGCGACGAAUCUUCGACCCGGACUACCUAUCAUCGUUGCACUUGAGUCAUGUUGACCUGAUUCCCGAAGGGAUUCGAGAGUUCACCGAAACUGGCAUCAUCAGCGAGACAGGAUAUCAGGAAGACUUCGAUAUCAUUAUACUAGCAACCGGCUUCCAGGUAUCCAAUUUUCUGACGCCACUGCAGAUUGUGGGCAAAACGGGCACUACGAUAAAAGACCAGUGGAAUCACAGUCGUGGCGCCCAAGCCUACAUGGGAACAUUUGUGCACAACUUUCCGAAUUUUGGUAUUCUGUUUGGACCGAAUACCUUCCCUGCCUUCAAUUCGGUUAUAUACGCAGUGGAGGUACAGGUUGAGUAUCUUUCGAAGACGCUCUUCAGGUGCGUCCUAGACGGCAACUCUGACGUCUUUGAGGUAAAGGAACAGGCAGAAGAAGAAUUUGUGAAGAGUUUGGAUGAGACGCUUUCUCAGACUGUCUUCAAUGCUGGCUGUAACAACUGGUAUAUCAACUCGUCCGGUCGGAAUUCCGCUUCGUGGCCAGGCAUGGCUUCAUCCUUCUGGAAAGCCACAUUCUUUCCCAACUGGGGUGAUUUCAGAAUGGAAGGAGGUGAUCGAAUGUGGAUUUGGCGACGUGUUCUGCGCACCAUCAAGACGAUGUCUUCCCUGAGUUGGGUUACUCUUAUGUGCCUUGCGACGAUUGCAUAUCAGCUUAACUUAGAAGGCAACGUGUUAAGGAAAUAG